CACAGUCACAACCCUCAGUUCCAUCCUCGUUUCCAUCCGGCAAAGUAGUAGCAGUAGCAGGUUGCUUGCUGGUCUUCGCUGCUGUCCAGAAAAAAUAUCUCAUUCUGCAAUCAUUUCACAAGUUUUUAGUUAGAUUUUUUGUUUAGUUUUCUUUGCCCGUAAGGAAUACAUACUAUUAAGAUUAAAGAAAUUAUUGGGAUGAGAAGGGGAAUCGGAGCAGCAGUGGGUGUGGUACUUGUGGCAGUGGCGUUGAUCAAUGUGGCGUCGUCAUCAUCCCAUUCCGUUGCUGCGGACACUGACACGCUUCAACUAGUGCAAGUGAUAUUUCGACAUGGCGACCGGGCACCAACCAACACCUACCCAAACGACCCAGUCAACAAGGAUCCCACGGCCUGGCCAGAGGGAAAGGCACAACUUACUAGUGUGGGGAAGAUGCAACAGUACAAGCUGGGCCAAUACUUGAGACGCCGCUACAACGGUUUUCUGGCUGACAAGUACCAUGCACAAGAGUUGUACGUGGUCAGUUCGGACAUGGAUCGGACAAUCAUGAGCGUCGAGUCCAACUUGGCCGGAUUGUUCCCACCUGUUCACAAGUGGCACCCGAGCCUGGACUGGCAACCCAUCCCCUUGAGGACAAUUCCCUGGAAGGAGGACCAGUACCUUCAUGUAAACAAGAAAUGCCCCAAGUAUGACCAGCUCCAUCACGAAUUCAUGUCAACCUCUGAAGUUGUCCUGACCAUGAAUGAGGAGAACAAAGAUUUUGUAGCCCAUUUGUCUGAGAAAAGUGGACUCAGGGCGUCCACGGUGAAGGAAAUUAUCCAACUACAAGAUAUCAUUCUAACCGAGUCAAUUCAUAACCUGACCGUACCACUUUGGGCCACGCUGGCACUUCCAAAACUGAACGAUCUCCAGGCGCAGAUCAACACGUGGAGCACUUUCACGGACGAAAUGAAACGUCUUCGAGGUGGGCCAUUGCUUGACCUUCUCCUUAAAAACAUGCUGGCCAAGACAGGGGCCUUGGGAUACUCGUCCCCCGAGGAGAAGCACAUGGUGGUGGGAGGAGGUGGGCGAAAAAUGCUUCUCUACUCCGCUCACGACUCCACCUUGUCCAGAAUAAUGAACACGAUCGGCGUCUUUCACCCUCACAAUCCCCCCUACGCAUCCAGCCUACUCGUCGAACUCCACUUUGAGGAUGACCAUUUUGUCAAAGUCUACUACCGGAACGAGACGGACCGGGCUCCCUAUCAACUGAAAAUCCCUGGCUGCUCGCUGACCUGCCGUCUCUCUGAUCUUAUUACGCUGACGGAGCAUCUCAUUCCACGCGAUUUGAAGGAAGAAUGCUCGCUGGAUGAGGAAAAGAGCAAAAAUAGUAAAGGUGGGGAGGUGAAGCACAGAAACCUGCUCAAAUUUACGCCACCAGCCAGCUUGGAGUUGGAAGAAACGCCACUUCUCACGGUGACGCCUUGUACCGCUUCCAGCUAUCCGAGUCCACUGGUGAUUGGUGUUGUCGGAGUGGUGAUGUUCAUGGGUUGUUUCUUCCUGUGGCUCUGCCUCUUCCGACUCCUCGGCUCUGGGGGUGGAGGAACGUCGAUGGGCAAAACGUGGGGACGAGGAUCAGAUCGUCUCUACUAUGAACGAAUUUAACAAGGAAUGAUGAACAAGGACAUCAUGUAGCUUUACACGAAUCUAUUUAAGACGAAAUAGACGAGGGAUGUUAAUCUGUUAAUCUGAAUAUAAAUUGCGAAAGGGGAUGCUUCCACGGAGGAGAAGCUGCUCAUUUUUUCUUUAUCUGUCGCAUUUUAUCCUUUGACUAUUUUUAUUUUAUUUUUUAAAAAAUUCGCAAACGCGCAAUUUAAGAAUAAGUUUAAUAACUGUCUGUCGGAGGACAAUAUUAAUUAUUAAGUUAUACUUCUUAUAAGUUAUCCAAGUGAUCAGAGAAACAUGCAAUGCAGAGAAUGUUUUUAGUAAUAAGAUGAUCAUUUAUUUAUACUGUAUCCUCAGAAAGAACCAGUAAUGAGGGGAAGAAUAAAACCGUUGAUACUGUUUUGCCAUUUAA